AUGCCAUCUUCCACGCAGGAUUACCACGUGAAUAGCCAGUUUAAGAUGGGUGGAGGAGCUUCAGGAGGAGCGAUAGGAGUGAAUAGUGUUGUGGGAACGGGGUCAGGUAGUAAUACAGCAAGUCCGACACAGGUGAUGGGAAUGGCGCCUGCGACGCCGCGGAUGAUGGGUAAGGCGUUUGUCUCGGUACAGGGUUCAAGUGGAGGAACACAGCAGACGCAGAACUCGCAGCAGUUGAUGCCACCUGCGGAGAUUAAUGAGAGUUAUAGUGCUUCACAAACAAGGCUGAAUGCGAGUCAGCGACAGCCUCCAAAGCCGUUCCAUCGUAAGUCGCUUGGUGAUUGGGACUUUUUAGAGACUGUUGGUGCAGGUUCGAUGGGGAAAGUAAAAUUGGCGAAGCAUCGGUACACAAACGAGCUUUGUGCGAUUAAGAUUGUUAAUCGUGCGACAAAGUCUUUCAUACACAAGCAGCAGCAGCAGCAAUUGCCUCCUCCUAGCAAUGAGGAGGAGCUUAUGGAACGUAGGAAGAAGUUGGAAAAGGAGAUUUCUAGAGACAAAAGGACCAUCCGUGAAGCCUCGCUUGGUCAGAUUUUGUAUCACCCCCAUAUCUGUCGCUUGUUUGAGAUGUGUACUAUGAGCAACCACUUUUAUAUGUUGUUCGAGUAUGUGUCGGGUGGGCAGUUACUAGAUUAUAUCAUUCAGCAUGGGUCCCUACGUGAGAGGCAUGCGCGUAAGUUUGCUCGUGGGAUAGCGUCUGCAUUGCAGUAUUUGCACAUGAAUAACAUUGUUCAUCGAGACUUAAAAAUAGAGAACAUUAUGAUAUCAUCUUCCGGAGAAAUUAGAAUUAUUGAUUUUGGUCUUUCUAAUUUAUACGAUCCAAAGAAGCAGUUACACACCUUUUGUGGCUCCUUGUAUUUUGCUGCACCAGAAUUAUUGAAGGCCCAUCCUUACACUGGGCCUGAGGUCGAUAUUUGGUCGUUUGGUGUGGUCCUUUACGUAUUGGUUUGUGGGAAAGUUCCCUUUGACGAUGAAAAUGCCAGUGUUUUGCAUGAGAAAAUUAAGCAGGGUAAAGUUGAGUAUCCGCAACAUUUAUCCAUUGAUGUUAUUUCGCUUCUUUCAAAAAUGUUGGUGGUAGAUCCUCUGAAGAGGGCUACAUUGAAGCAGGUAGUUAAUCACCAGUGGAUGCAAAAGGGCUAUGACUUCCCACCUCCAUCCUAUUUACCACAGAGUGUACCACUAACAUCGGAUCUCAUAAAUAUGGAUGUCAUUAAAGAAAUGCAUAGACUUGAGUUGAUUCAAGAUGUUGACGAUACCUUACAAUGGCUAGAAAAGAUCGUUAACUCAGAGGGAUAUCUUGAACUCUCAGGAGAAUACUGGAGUGACGUUCAAAAUAACAAGCUUGAGGAUGACCCUACACGGGCUUUUAACCCAUUAUUAUCGAUCUAUCAUUUGGUGGAUGAGAUGUUGAAACGCAAGCGUUCUAAGAUCCAAAAAAAGAUACAGCUGUCUGGUCAACAGGAGCCAAACGCAGCCGUCAAUUCGGCGCCUCCAACUGCAACGACCGCUCUUGUUUCGGCAGGUACUAUGUCAGCAGGCUCAUUUACUUCUACGGCUACUGCACAACAAAAGGUUACAACAGGUGUCUCUGCUUCUGGUCCAGAACAAGCUACACGGCACUCUGGGCCAUCUACGACAGGACCUCAACCGACAGUGCAGUCGCAUAUCAAGAAUGGCGUUAGCCAAACAAUAUCAGCUAAUACCCUUCCAAUUGCAGGAACUUUCUUAUCAUAUGCCCCUUCGCCUACAACACCUUCAAAGCAUAAGCGCAAGAUUUUGGUACCUCCAAAACUUGCCAUUCCAGAGCAAGCUCAUACAACGACACCAAGAAAGGAUACAGAAGUUGUGGAGCAGGAUGCAGAACAUAAUGUGUUGUCGCCAACGCCACAGUCUCAUGACAUCGAGACCAAUAAUAACCAAUAUGUAAAUAUUGGUAAUGGGUCGACACAUUCUACAGCUGCUUCUGCAAGCUCUAAUGAGAAGCAAAACUUUAGUUCAUUAUUUAGAAGAUUUUCACAGCGGCAUCGUUACACCAACUCUCAAGGAAGUUCGCAACAGGGCUACACUCAAGAUUCAAAUACACUACAGCAGUCGCCAAAAUAUACAAACCAGGUUUCUACUAUUUCGCAAUCUUUGCAAGUGGCUAAAUCGAAAAAGUCACAUACUCGCACUGUUUCAGAAUAUGCUCCAACUUCCAAGUAUUCUAGUUUGGGUCCAACUGCACCGACUGUAGACAGCAAGACUAGUUAUGCUGAAUCACAAUCGCCUCUGCCGGCAUUACCAUCUAAUGCAGAAACACUGGUGAAGGAACAGCAAAUAUUGCAGAGCACAUUACAGGAUUUAGAUAUAUCUGCAACUCGCGGAUCAUCUUCCACUAAUCAUGGUCACGAAGCUGUUGAUGAAGAGAAACCAUUGAAGCAACUGAAUAUUCCGAAAGGCCGGAAGUUGCAUCCAUCUGCAAGGGCCAAGUCUGUGGGGCAUUCUCGUAGAGAGUCUUUGAAAUUUAUGAGACCUGCAGUUGCUACUCAGGUGUCACCUCAAGAUUUCAAUGACGACGGCUUCCUAGAAAAUAUCAGUGAUAGUAAAUCAGAUAUCAUGUUUGGUGCUUCAUCAUCUAACGGCGCAUUAUCUGGUGUUGAUGAAGAAUUAACUGACAAGCAAAUUCUAAAGUUAGCCUCAAGGGCUCCACCAGGCUCCAUGCCCUCCGUAGAUUAUCCACGUUCUUUGUUUUUAAAGGGCUUUUUUUCUGUGCAAACGACAUCUUCAAAACCAUUGCCUAUAGUUAGAUAUAAAAUCAUCUCUACCUUGAAAAAGUUGAAUAUUGAAUUUAAAGAAGUUAAAGGUGGAUUUAUCUGUGUCCAUAGGCAGUCGUAUGUGACUAAAAAAUACUCAGUUGUGCAGCAACCUAGCAUUGUUGUUACAGAAUCUAACUCUGUUGGGUCUGUUAACAACCCAGGGUCUGGAGCACCACAUAGAAGACAAUUAUCUAUUUCUUCUCGUUAUGGGUCCAUCAGACGUCAACAGAGUUUGGUACAACCAAAUAUCCCUAACACACCGUUGGCUGCUGCUCUACAGGAAAAAUCACAACAGAGUACAUUGCAGUCUUUCGGUGCUGGGUGCGGAGUUACGGAAGAUCUAUCUACCGCAUCGCUGGAAUCAUUAAACGGAGAUGAUAAUCUAACCAAUUCUAAAGCGCAAUACAUGAAUAGUAAAGAUUUGGAGAUGCAGUAUCAGAAAGAGCGCCCACCUCUGAGGUUUGAAAUACAUAUUGUAAAGGUCCGCAUUGUUGGUUUGGCUGGCGUUCACUUUAAAAAGGUCUCAGGUAAUACCUGGAUGUACAAGGAGUUGGCAUCGCAUAUUUUAAAGGAAUUGAAUUUGUGA